ACCGCUUUGAUGAAAGGGAACUCACUCUUACUAAAAAUUAUCUAUCAAUUUGGAAAACUGGUCUACAAAUAAAAUAAAACUAACAUAGAGUUAUGAGUACAGUACCCGCCAAGACUUGGUAACACACCUGCCAUUUGGUAACAUAUCUGCCAUUUAGACAAUGUCUGUCAUAUCAAAGAUAAGAAGUCCUUCCAAAAACCACUUCAUUUUGUUACUUCUCUGUGCCGUGAUUGGAUAUUUGAUGCGGUCACAUGAUAAGUAUGAACUGAGACCAGUCUGGAGAAAAAGAGCUGAAUAUCAUCAUUUCCAAAACAAGAAAUUUCCAACAAAAGUUGAACAGCUCCCACCUCCUGUUAUUACAGAUGUGGAUAGUGAUGGAACUAAUGACAUUAUUUUAUUGACGAAUGACUUGAAAUUAAGCAUAAUGACCUUGCCAGAUCCGGUUGGGAAGGAUGAAGAGGAUCGCACUUUGCCACAUGUUGAGGUGAAGCAUAAGGUUGUGUUACCACAAGCAACCAAUGGUAGUCAAGAUCAACCUUCAGGCUGGCCUGUUGUCAUGGUCACAGGUUUUACUGUUCCAUAUAUGUCUCUAAUGCAGAUCAGGAAGCAGGUAAUUGUGAUUGUAACAAACACAUGGUGGGUGUUCUGCUACUCAUCUGACUUGGAACUACUCUGGCAAAAACAAAUUCUCGACUUCAAAGAGCAGUUUGAUAAUUACUACGUCAAAUCAAUGGGCGCCAUUGUGACGUCACACACAGUAAAGAAGUCAGACGAAGGUUUGGUGAUUGUAGGAGGCAGUUACACACAUAAAGAACACGAGAAACAGAAAGAAGAGCCUCCAAAAGAAGAAAACAAGUCUGAGAAUGGUACCGAGCCUGAGCAGACGGAGGCAUCUCACACUGAGCAUACAGUGGAGGAGGAUACAUUCACACACUUCUCCACAUUUGCCCUCAGUGCUAAAGAUGGAUCGACCAGGUGGCAUCAUUUGCCAGGAGAAUUUGGUGAACAAGAAACUAAAAAAGAGGAAGAGACACAAGAGCAUCACUGGAAGCUGAGUUUAAAACGGCACAGACUUCACAUUGGUGAGUCACCAUGGACUUACUAUAAACAGGAGCUCUACAAGGCAUUGCCGCACAAUUGGAAAUCAAUACAGGAUACAAAGUUUUCUCUGGGACGUUACCAGAAGGUUGUAGAUGAGAGCCUAGUAACCGAUGAUGAUGAAGAUGUAGCAGAAGUUGAACCAACUAAAUCGGCACUUGAUCCAAAACAUCUGAUUGGUUAUGCAUAUGGUGGACAGAGGCCUCACAGUGAUGCAGAGCAUAUUGCUAACCCCAACGCUGUCGUUAUUAACCAUCAAAAUGGUGUUGAGGUGUUAAACAUCCUUACAGGGCGUCCUAUAACACGCCUUCAACUUGCGGACGAUAGCGCCAUCUAUGGACUUAUGGAUUCAGAAAACGACAUCAAGAAGCUGUCAUGGGGUGAACAAGAAAAUUAUAGUCCAUGUUUUCUGGAGAUUUGGCGGAUAUUUCCGAUCAAAGAAAAUUUGGAAAGAUUUCCAGUGUGUGCAACAAAACGUUUAUUUUUUACGACCAACUGGGUGUACGAUGAAGACAUGUUUAUAAAGUUACCACCCCUUAUUCUUAAAAGUAUUGCUAGAAAAUCAGGGGUUGUGCGGCAUUUAUUGGGUCAUCAUUUACGGAAGGUAGAUGACCAAUAUGAUUUGAUAGCUUUUGGCAGUAUGGGAAGAGUAACGUCUGUUGAUAAAAACGGGGAUUUCAACUGGCAGACCCAGAUUGAUGCUAGUUGGGACUCUGUUGCCAUGUCAGUAAGAAAAAUGAAGAAAGGAGAAUGGUCUGAACUUUUUGAGGAGUUCAAAAAUUCUUUUCAUCCAGACAGGGCUCUCAUGUCUCUGCAAAUAUAUGGAGCAAAGCAAAACGUAUUAGUAGUUGGAUGGAGAGAUAUCAGUUUAGUGGAAUUAACAGAAGGAAGGACUCUUGCUCAACAUUCCACACCUUGUCCCUCUACAGGGCCUCUUGUUGUAGGGGACUUUAAUAACGAUGGUUAUAAUGAUGUGAUAUUUACUUGUAAAUUUGGAUAUAUAGGAUUUAGUUUACAUAGACAAUCAAAUCAUACGUCAACAAUGCUUUAUGGGGUAGCAGUGUUCUUGAUUAUUCUGGUAAUAGCUUGGAUUCUCUCCCCUGAAAGACAAAAAUCCCAAGAAGACAGUGACGUUGAUGAUUCAAGCUGAUGAACUAGUUUUUAACCUUAUGAUGAGCUAGUUUUUAACCUUAUGUCCCAAAUAGUGAUAUUAUUUAAAAUAAAUGAGAGUUGAGAAGACAGGAAAUAUACAUGAUAUUCUGUGAAAAGUUGGUUCAAAGUGAUGAACAUUGGAAAAGACCACCUUUAAAAAAAAUUAAAAUGGUCUCUAAAAUUGGGUGGUAUGUUGGUGCAUAUCAGAAUAUGUUAAUUACAUGUAUGAAAGGUGAAAUAUAAGAAAGAAAAGUGCUUCUCUGUCAAGUAAAUAGAAGUUGGAAGGUCAGUUGGAGAAAACGUCAGUUGGAGAAAACCUUAAUUGAGUUGGGACAUGAUUUAAUAUUAUAUACAAUGUAGUUUACAAACAUUCCAUGGUGAACAACGUGUUCUGCAAUAUGUACCAGUUCAUUUAGCCUGGGUUUCAGGCGUUCAUAUUUUUUGCUCAUUCAUAACAUACGCACUAUUUCGUACUCUAUCGUGUUUUGAUGAUAUCGAUUUGCCGAACAGAAGCACAUAAAAAUCGACAGACUGAAACCCAGGCUACAGUUUAUUUAUAGGAUGGAAGAAGGAAUGAUUGAUGGCGCAGACUAGUAUCUAGUCAUUGAUAAUCCGCAUAUUUCACUUUUGCUUCAUUCUUAAUCGUUUUCUGUUUUUACACAUCUUUAUCAUUAUUUAAAAACUUAAGUAUCAGUUUGUUGAGACCUCUUUAGUUCGCCAUAUGAUUUUUCUUCAGGUUUGAUUGCUCAUUAAAGUUUUUUUGGGGUCUAAAAAAGCUGGUGUAAGAACUGUUCAACAAUAAUUUUAUACAUGGAAAGUAAUAAUGCAGUAUUAUGGUAACACAGUUUCAAGUUGUUAUAUAUUUCCUUAUAUAAAGGUUAUUAGAUGGCAUGUGACCAAGAAAUUGUUCAAGAGUUCACUGUUCUGUACAAAUGAAGCCCACAAAUAUUUCUGUGCCAAGUGUUGAUUAAACCUUUUAUGUAUAUUAUGCAAGUGAUUCCUUGGUACAUGUAUUUGCUUUUUAAGUUACUGAUCUUUAAUCCUUUCAGUUUUCAUUAUAUAAAUAAGAUUUGACAUAUUGCCAAACUUACUGUUUUCAUAACAA